CAUUUAGAGCACUCCCGAAGAGAGUUUUCCUGGCAAAUCACCGGUUCACGCGUAUUGGCUCAAUCGUACUCUGUAAUAAAAUGGCGGAAAUUCAAACUGUGAAAAAUCUGGUAAAAUUCAAACAGGAGAUUCGAGAAUAUUGAUGUUAAAAUGACAGUUUCUCCAAACAAUAUUGUGCGUUUCUAAACGUUUGGUUUCUUAGUAACCGAUCAAACAUCAAACAAUAGAGAUAAGAUCCAUAUCUGUUUUAUUUGUCAACAUGAUGUUGAAUGGAAUUGCCAUUAAAUCAAGAAUUUCGAAGAAAAUCUUUAUGAGGAAUGUGCAAACGAUACAACGCCUGUACAAUGCUGCAUUAUCACGAAGAUUGUUCGGCACAAACCAACCGCUCCUAGAGUACAAUAAAGAGUUCGAGAAAUUUAAAUUGAAGCAGGCAAAGAUGCAGUGCGACGACGGGCGUCCAACCUACUUAAAAGCCGGCGCACGCGAUAAAGCACUGUUCAACUUUACGGUAGCUUUGCUCCUGUUUAACACGAUGAUAUCGCUCUACUCAUAUGGGAAGCUCUUCUUAAGUUUUUACCGAUAAUUUUAUCACCGAUAAUUCCUCUCUUUAACUGCACGCGUUGAAACAUGUUUUAGAAGUUUCAGAUAUUUUCUGUUUUGGGAAUCAAUUAAAAUUUGUUAACUAGAAUAUCAAACAACUUCACUUUAUGUAAAACAUCUCGAUACAUCUAAUAUAUUACGCACGCAUACAUACACACGCUGCACUACAUAUGUCAUAUGCAUUUACGUAUAUUUAUGUGUUCAGUAUCGUUCCCUAACUUUGGAAAAGAUUUAAUAAGGCACUCGAUUACUCUCUGCAGGCGUCGAUAUGGAAAUUAUUCAUCAGUCUGUUAGAUAUUGUACAACGAAUUCUCCGCGCGACGGAACGUAGAAAUUUACAAUUCAUUUCAAUUUCAACCUCACUCUAAAUUUAACAUCUAAUUUGCCACAAGUGUGAUGCGACAUACCGUUAUCGGAAAUUUCUAUAUUUAAGCAAUACUAAAUGCAAAAAUCGAUGUGAAAAGACAACAGUACAACUCAUAACAGUAUAAUGUUAACAACUUAUGGACGUGAAUGUCCGCAAUUAUAAUGUAAAAUACAACGAAUACAAAUGUAAAGCCAUAGCUACAAAAAUAUAUCCUUGCAACUUUGUUUACUGUACAUAACUAACUUUUUUUUUGGCAUAUUUGGCAUAAUUUUGCACAAUUCCAUAAAAAUUUAAAUCAUAUUUAUGAUACGUAUGUAACAUGAAAAAUUGUAUAGUAUUUCCUUCAGACUGUUCUCGCUAUCAUAAAUAUCGCGCAUAAGCACAUAGAAAAGUCAAUUUUACGCUUUCCAACUUGAUAAUGCGCGAGCGUGUACAUUAAAAAGUACAAUAUUUCUUGAUAUCACAGAAAAAAACGUAUUUACAAUAUUAUGUUACAAUAUUACACACGUGUUCCGCUAGUAACAUUCGAUAAAAUUACCUGUGAAACAUUUUAAAUAAAAUUUCCUAUACCUCA